AUGUCCAACGAAGAUGAAGAUUAUUCAGUAGCAAAGGUCAGCUCUGGCUACCCAGACCUACGCACUAUUUUGACCAUCGUUUCCAGCAUUUCGCUUUUCUGCACGAUUAGCUGCGUCGUAGUGUUUUUCAUACUCUUGUCAUACAACGCGCAUCGGGUCAACAUUCCUCUGGUCAAGAUCACAAUGUCAAUUCAGAGUGUCCACGCCGUUGCACUUACUAAGCGCAAUGAGCGGUGGUACUAUAUCAUUUCGUACGCUUUAGCUAUCAUUUUGUCUGCAGCUCUAGCGGCUAUUCCAAACAGCGCGUUCAAAAUUGUCAACCGGUGCAUGGUGGCUUCCAUCCCGGGCCCUCAAUACUUAGGAAUUCGCUGGGCCCUGUACUACAGCUGGUUUGUAGUUGCCUCGUUAAUCUCGAUUAUAUGUAUGAUCAGCGUGUUGCGCUCAGCGCAAAAGCUCUCUCACACAACUCACACACAUGGAAGAAGAUACACAUCGACCACUGAGGCAUACAGAAGCGCCGUCAACGCUCGAGCCAACGGAAAGCGCCUACGCUCGCUCAUGUUCUAUACAAUUGCGUACCCAGUCAUCAGUCUGGUAUGCAAUUUACCCCAGCUUUUGCAGGAAUUGCUAUCGACAACGAUGAAAAAGGAACUCACGGGACUCAACUUUGCCGCACGACUGCUGCUAUGCAGUGAAGGCACGUUCCUUGCACUGGCAUUCUUUUUGUAUCCGGCGGUGCUGCAUUCAAUUCGCGAUAUUACGUACUCGGCUGUACAGUACUGGGUCGUCGAGCAAGAGGUGUUUUGGCGACGUAAGCAGAGCGAUACUAAGAAUUUUCACGAUGGACGCAUGCUGCACGAUAAUCCAAACGACAUGAUAGUUGACAAAGCUGACUUGAAAAACUUUACGUCUACACGCGGGCGCAUUUUACACUUUAUUCUUUUAAAGACAGGAGAGGGCAGGCGGGCGACUACACUGUCAUAG